AAGAAAUUCUCUUGUCGACGACUCCUUCAGUUUGUUUAGAACCGGGGCGAUGACGACUAGCUAGCUAGCGUUUAGCCACCCAAUGUUUUCACAAUGCGGAUCUAGCUUGAACAACAGCUGCUUUUGAGCGUUUCUACGGCUAGUUACCAAUCAUCCGAUUAGUAUUCACAUCUAUAAGGGGGGAAAUAAAAAACGGGGCUCACAUAUAAUAAACCGUAACGUAAUAGACGCUUAAUUGCGAUUUAUUAUGGAGGAGAAGAAGAAGGAGGAGGGCGAAGCGGAGAUCCAGGAGCACGGUCCCGAACAUUGGUUCUCCAAAUGGGAGCGGCAGUGUUUGGCCGAGGCGGAGCAAGAGGAGCCAAGCGAGGAGGAGUCGGAGCAAAGUCAGCAGAAACUAUGGCAUCUUUUCCAAAAUUCCGCUACCGCGGUCGCCCAGCUAUACAAAGACAGAGUUUGUCAACAACAGGGUCUGUCUCUCUGGGUUCCCUUCCAGAACGCAGCUACUGCCGUCACAAACCUCUACAAAGAGUCACUAGAGUCCCACCAGCAGAGCUAUGAGCUGGGGAUCCAGCGGUCGUACCAGCGUCGUAAUAAAGACGUUCUGGCCUGGGUGAAGAAGAGGAGGAGAAACAUCAGGAGGGAGGACCUCAUCAGCUUUUUGUGCGGCAAGGCCCCGCCCCCACGCAACCCCCGUCGCGACGCACAGAUGCCCAAACACGGCCACGCCCACUCUGUGAUGUCACCCAGCAGGCCGCCGUCCACGGAGAGCGGGUCGUCUGUCGAGGCUGACCUGCAACCCUUCAGAGAGGCCAUCGCACUGCACGGCCUGAGUGGGGCGAUGGCCAGUAUAUCCGUUCGUUCCGGUGCCCCUGGCUCUCCGACGCACCUAACACGCGACAGCCCCGUCACUCCGCAGCUGGGUCGUAACCGUAGGAACGGUCUCCACGACGUCGACCUGAACACCUUCAUCGCCGAGCAGAUGGGGCUCCAUUUGGAGAACACCGCUGCAGCCAAUAGGAAGAGGGCAUCUGCCCAGUGCAGUGAUGUCAUCACAGACUCGCCCACCCAUAAACGCAACCGGAUGCUCUGAGUAUCGCGGAUAUCACGCACGCCGACGACGCACACACACACACGCUCAAGGCACGGUUCACGCACACACACACACAAAUUACACACGCCACGUAUACUAAAUAUUUUUACUUUGCUGUCUCGGCCGAGCUGAUUGGAUGAUGACUCGUGCACCAGGCCGGCCAAUGAAACCCUCCCAACCUGGCCCCUCCCUCCUCUGUUGCUUUCAAAUAAAGAAAUAUGUAAAUGAUUAAAAAGCCACUCCUCCUCCCUCUCUGUCAUCCCUUCUUCCUGUGUUCCCUCCUUUCCUCAUGGUUGGCAUGACAGCACAAACAGACUGGUAACUCACCAGCAGCCUGUCUAGACCACUGGGAUGAAACUGUUGGCCGUGUGUUCUGAGUGGUGGGCUAGGUGGGGAAAUGGGGACAGACCUACCCCCCCCCCCCCACCCCUGUUACUAGAGGUGUGUUGGGGUCCUGAGGCCUAGAAGCCUUCCUGUAUAGUAGCCCCUCCCCUCUCAAGCGACUGUGUCUGUGGCUCUUGUCUCCCUCUCGAUGCGCGUGUGUUGGACAGAACUGGCACUAAGUGUGUGCGUGACUUGUCUUUGCCUUUGAGGAAGCUGCUAUCUCUGGCACAGCGGGAAGUCCUGGUGGCUGUGUGUACGCCAGCACGUGUGGCUGUGUGUGUUCGUUUAGCAAAAUCCUUACUGGAUUCAUGUGUAUUUCUGUUUAUGUUUUAUAAAGCCUCCGCCCCAAUAGCUCUUCCUGUCUCCUCUCUUUAACCUUUAACCCUAAUUCCUCUAUCUACAGUGUAUAUACAUUAUGACAACUAGGUGCUGCUGUUGUAUGAUGCAGACAUACAUGUGGUACACAUUGUAAAAAAAGAAAAAAAAAGAAAUGCAAAACAAUUGAAUUGUUUAAAAUGUAAAAUAAUGAUUCUGGCAUUAAACAAACCAAGCUUUUAACUAUCAA